CCCCGACUGUGCGACGCACGGGGCCGGCCGUCCGUCUGUGUGCGAAUCCGGGUCGGUUUGAAAAACCCUCCCAUACGCUAAAUAUUUGUGGAGAUAAAAAAGAUGUACGGAACUACAGAUCUGUGUGAUCCGCCGAAUCAGGAAGACAUGUUAGGUGGAAGGCGGUUGAAACCGUCCACGUCCGCUCCUCUGAGGAAGAGGCGGGUGUCCAUGCCAGCCUAUCUUCCUGUUUACAAAUCUGCAGUCGCGUCCAGGGAAGAUAAGCUCCAGUCCAUCGGGGAGGGCGUGGAGUUUCACCCCGAGGAACAACAAGACGACCCCUCGCUCCCCAGGUUUCGGAGAUUCUCCAUUAUCGUACCGCCUACUACUACAACCUCCACCGGCAGACCGGAGCCUCAGAGAAGCCGUCGGGCGUCAGUCUCGGAAAACAGCCGCCUGUUGAGGGGCUCCGCGAAGGACACAGAGCGGGCGUCCGCGUUGCAGCCGAUUCUGUUCGUGGUUGUCCUCGUCGUGGCAGUGGUCCUCGUCUCGACGGCCUGUUCGAGACUAUUUCGCCGACUUUAUUAAAUACGUUCUCCAAACAUUUGAAGACGAUCUUUAUCGAUGGCUGGCUGAGAGACGUCUCUACAUGGCGACCAAGAGGCCACGCCCACCCAAUCUAUCACAGAGUAUCUACAACCAUUAGUCUAGGAGCUGGCUCCAUUCGGACCUUUCAGAGAUGCUGGCAUCAACAUUGAAUACAUCUGGAAAGAGAGAGAAGACCAAGGUCACACACAGUCUUAAAAUAGACCUCUAUUCUCGUGCUGAAUACCAAAUACAUAUAAAAGGCGAGAGCAGAUUGAAGCCACAUGUUACGUGGCCCUUAUAGUUUAUUAUUGUAACGUUAUGGUUUAUUUAAAAGAUAUAAAUAUAGACUGUUAUCUUGUUGCCUUGUGAAGACGCCUUAAAAUGCCUGUAAACUAGCCUAUAAUUGUAUUUUGACAGAAUAUUAGUUUAUGAUGGGUCGAAAGGGUGAAAGUAAAUGAUAGAAUUCUAUACAUCCGUUCCUGAUGCCGGAAAUGCAAAUGAUGUUAUGAAUGAUGAUAUUCAAUGCGAUAAUAUUAAACAAAGGGUGAGCAGGAUGUGAUGUCACCCUUGGCACUGUUUAGGCAACUAAACCUGUUGUCCAUACAUAAUAUUGUAAUAUACGAUACAGAAUUAGCUUCGCGUGACUCAAGGCAAAACACAGCGUACUUGUGUUGGUUGGGUAUUAUGUUGGGUCACAGUCAGUGGUGUAAUAUUGUCUUUAUGUACAUAAUGAUGAGAAAACCUUACAAUAUGUUAUAACGUCAAAGAGCAGUAAAAAUGGAUUUUCAAACUCAAUUUUCUGGCCAUUUUUUAAUGUAGUACUGUAAUUAAGUUAAACCAUCAACCUCUUUGUGUUGUACUUCCUUAAAACGUUAGCUAUCCCCUAGCUAGCAUAUAUAUACUGAAAUUGUGAAGAAAAAAAACCCUGCGAUGUCGCUGACGGAAAACUGUUGCUUGUUUCGUAUCGUCGGCUGUUUCUAGCUAUUUAUGGUGGCACCAAAAAGAAAUGUAACUUUUCAUGUAGAUUGUUUUAGGCUAUAGCUGUUUUAAACGCUUCGAGUAUGAAAAAAUGACGAACAUGUGCUAAGAAAUAGUAGUAAAUGUCAAUAUCAGACAGAUUUUCUCUUUCAGAAUAUAUAUUUUUUUGCAUCAGGGUAUUUUACCGGCCCCAAUAACAGCCGGUACGUCUUUCAGCAAGGUUAACCGAAUUCCAGUCGGUAAAAAUUCCCGGGAGUACGCUUAUUGACCUGGGCGGGCCAACAACACACCCCGUACCGAUGGGAUUCCAUAGAAGCUCCCGAUACGGUGUCAUGCCCACCUGUAUGAUACCCACAAGAGAAAUUUACGGGCAGUCCCUUCCCCAAUGCACACAUUUAAUCAAUCCCCUUUGAGGUAAAUUGCUCGCGAUAGAAUGAGGCUACUUUCCUCAUUAGCAAGCCGUCCGCUAAUACCCCAACUAAACAACGCUAACAUGAAAACACGACUAGGUCGGCCCUCACUUGUCUUAAACACUCAAAUCACUUAGAAACCCCGCAACUCUGGGUUGUCAUGGCCCUCACGCGUGGGGCUAGCCUGGUAUCCAGACUUAUCGUGGUAGGGGUGGGUUUUCCUCGGGGAUGCAGGAGCUCU